CCUUUAGGGAACUAAGAUUGUACUUUGAACUUCUUUUCCUCUUGUUCGCAAGCUCUGCAGCCGUCUCAGAUUUCUCACUUAUGCCCUUUCUCUUCGUAGUAAAAUCCUCAGACCAGCCCCCAAAAAGGCAAACCCAAACUUGAACUCUCUGAUUUCUUCCCUCACACCUCCCUUUCUCUUCGUAGUAAAAUCCACAGACCAACCCCCAAAAAGGCAAACCCAAACUUGAACUCUCUGAUUUCUUCGCUCAUACCUUCCUUAGGUUUUAUAAGGUGUUCCAUUUAUCAAAUCCCUUAACUUUCAUCCCCAACAUCGUCAUAAAAUGGUUGACGAAUAUCCUUCAUCUUGGAUCGAUUGGAUUUGAAAUUAUAUUGAUUUAUUUAAUCAAUUUCGGCUAGAUGAUUGCAAUCUGAUGUGGUUAAACCAUGUAGUUUCAUUUUUUUUUUUUUUGCAUAAAAAAGAUGAAACCUCAGCUCCAUUUUCAUCCAUCCAUCAUCCAACAUUCAUUAUGGGCAGUCCAAAACAGGCUAUAGUAAAGCCCAAUUGAAAUAAAGCCAUGUUGGCCUUCUACAUCCCCUAGCUGCACGCACCAACUCUCUCCCCAGUAAAGGGAAGGACCUCUCUCCAGAAAAAAAAAACGAGAUACAAAAGAGAAAGAAGAAGAAAAUGAAGAGAAAUCUUGGAUAUGGAUUUUUGACGUUGAAGCAGAGGAUGUGUGCUGCUUGUGCUGGGCAUUUUGCAUCCAGGGUCCCAACCCUAACCCUACCGCAGCUCCCAACCAUACCCCAGCAACCAGUUCGAUGUAUCACCAGUUUUUCCUGCAUAUUUUCGUAUUCCAUUGAAGCACAUGUGCACACAACCUUGAGUCACACAGUCUUCAAUGGAAGACUUCAUGGCAAGUCAAUGUCCAUCUUUAAACUCUGUAACAUAAAAGAUAUUAUGCAAUGGAAGUCUGACUCUGUCCACUUUAUAUCUGAUAAUUUUCUUAGCAUACAUUUUUCUGUUCAGAGCAGUGGGCAUGAGUCUUUAUUUUUUACUGAGAGGGUAGAGUGUUCUCUCAAAGACUAUUUAGGUCGUUUUCCAAACAAAUUCGAAUUACAGAAUCCAACUGUAAUUAUACCAGAGAUACGCCAUAUAGUGAAGGGUGUUCUGGAGAUCUUUUCGAAAUACAGUUCUGAUAAAAAAGAUUUUAGACAUAUCCACUUUGAAAAUUUAUAUUGGACUGGUAGGAAGGUUGUCGGUGUUAUGUUUAGGAAGGACUCAAGUGCCAAGGACUCGAGUGAUUUGGAUGCUUUAAAAGCGACAUUAACUGAAAUGUUCGUUGGAACUCUCCCAGUUUGUCUUGAGGAACUCCUGACACAAAUUGAUCAAAAAUCAUUGUCGUUGAAAUACCUGCUGGAUAAUCAUUACUCUCAAAUGGGAUCUGAAGAAAGGAUAAGCUACCGGACUUAUGUUGUUCGCAACAUAUUGGAAGGCCCGGUAAGGUUGGCAAAUAAAACCAAAUUAGAGAACUAUUGGAAUAAUGAUCCAAUUUGUCAGCGUGUCCAAGCUGUCCCAUGGAAAACCUCAUUAGGUGGAACGUAUGGGGGUGGGAGUAAUACUAGCCGCUGGAAUAGGCAGCAGGAGGACCCAAUACAAUAUCUUAUAAUGGCAAGGAAUCUUGGGGAGCAAAAUUCUCAUUAUUUGACUGCAAGUCAAAUUGAUAAUGAUGUGAUUGUGCAUUAUUCUGGCCAUGCGGAUGCAAUUCUUGUGUGCAUCUAUGCUUUGCAUCCACAUUUGAACUUUGUCAAGUUGUGGAAGUGCCUAAAGUGAUGGAGGUAGCUGAAUCUUUACCUGGGUCAAAUUUUGGGGAGCAAAGUUUGAUGAUUUUGAUGAUUAGCAACGAGGAGAGAUUUUGAGUUGAAGAUGAUCUGGCCAAGUUUGGGUGACUGAGUAGAAUAGUAGAAUAGAUUUUUUAUUAUGUUUAACUUAAUGAGUAGAACCGAUUUUGUUAUUAUGAUAGUUCGAAAGUCUCUGUUAUUUUCAAACUCAACAGCUUAUAUAUUAUGGUUUAAAACGAUUGGAUGCUUUUUCACAUUG